AUGGCCAAAGACAAAGAGCGCUCAGUCAACCCUGCCGCUGCACAGCGGAAGGCAGAUAAACAAAAAGAAUUGAAAAAGGGUAAAGCAGAGGCAUUAGCGCGGCGAAACGAGAAACUUGCGCGGCGCAACCCAGAUCGAAUUCAGCGGCAGAUCAACAGCUUCAAAGAAGCCGAGGAAUCAGGACAAAAACUACGGCCACGUGAUAAGGAGCUUCUCGAAGCGCUAGAAAAGGAUUUGCGAGGAGUUCUGAAGGCGCGUGAAGCUCUUGGCGACAAGGCACCCCAGUUCGAUCGCGGCGGCAGAGGAGACCGCCAGGGUGAUGGUGGUAGACGGGGUGGUGGCGAUGGCGUGCUUGGGAAGCGAAGACGAGGCUCAGAUGAAACACGAAUGCCUCGUGAUAGUGACAGUAGCGAUACGGAUGAGGAUGUGCGGAGGAUACCCAUGCCGCGGGAUACACCGCCACCAAUCCUACGCCAGCACCAGCGCAGACGGGAUGGAAAUGUGCCUUCAGAAGACAGAAUCGAGCGCACUGGUCCCCACCCACUGCCGUCUCGUCCAACGGCGGCUCCGGUGGUCAAGACUGUUUACGAAGCGCAACCUCAGAUUCGGGACCUGCGACAGGAGGCAACCAAGAAGUUUGUUCCGGCAGCGGUCAGGAUGAAACAGCAGUCAAUCAAGGGACAGGGGAAGUUAUUGGAACCAGAAGAGAUGGACAAGCUUGAAAAGGCUGGGUAUAAUGCCGGCCCCGCCCCGGAAGCACAGGCUGGCGAACAGGCUGGCGAACAGGCUGGCGAACAGGCUGGCGAUUCGCCGCAGGAGGAAGAUUGGAUGUUGACGUUAGAAGAAGAGGAGCGGCGUUUUAAGCAGGAGCAGGAGCAGAAACAGAAACAGAAGUUUGUUCAGAUAGAAGAGGUCGAAGAUGAGGAAGCGUAG